AAAGGACGACCCGGAAGCGAUAGUGGUGGGAACUUCCGUUCUUUGUUCUGUCCCCGGUGUGUGGGUCUGAGACAGGGUCCGACAGGGCCUGGUGCGUAUCUGGUCCCCCAUAUCUCCCGUCUCUGACCCCAGGUGCUUCCUCGUUCUCAUUCAAAACCUUCCUGCCAAGUCCGCAGACAGGAGGCGAUCAGAAACCAGAACUCCUUGCCCUACUCAUGGAAACUCAGGCUGAUCAUGUAUCUCAGGAACCUCAAGCCCUGCUUGAGAGUGCUCUUCCUUCAAAAGUUCCUGCCUUUUCCAAUAAGGACAGUCUGGGGGAUGAGAUGUUGGCAGCUGCUCUCCUAAAGGCCAAGUCCCAGAAGUUGGUGACAUUUGAGGAUGUAGCUGUCUACUUCAUCCGAAAGGAGUGGAAACGACUGGAACCUGCUCAGAGGGACCUGUACAGGGAUGUGAUGCUGGAGAACUACGGGAAUGUGUUCUCGCUGGAUGGUGAAUCCAGGACUGAAAAUGAUCAAGAAAUUUCGGAAGAUACAGGAUCACGUGGGAUGCUGUUGGGAAGAUUCCAGAAGGAUAUUUCUCAGGGUCUUAAAUUUGAAGAAGCCUAUGAACAAGAAGUCAAUCUAAAGAGGCAACUAGGGAACUCUGGGAAAAGAUUGAAUAGGAAAAUACAAGAUUUUGGUCAAAUGACAGUUGAGGGAAAGCUGUCCCCCAUGGGAGAGAGAAAUGAGAAAUAUAAUGAGUUUGGGAACAGCUUCGCUGUGAGUUCCAACCUUAUUUCACAUCAGAGACUUCCUAUGGGAGAUAGACCCCAUAAAUGUGAUGAAUGUAGCAAGAGCUUUAAUCGAACUUCAGACCUUAUUCAGCAUCAGCGAAUCCACACAGGGGAAAAACCCUAUGAAUGUAGUGAAUGUGGAAAGGCCUUCAGCCAGAGCUCACAUCUUAUUCAGCAUCAGAGAAUCCACACUGGGGAGAAACCUUAUGAAUGUAAUGAUUGCAGGAAGACCUUCAGUUGUAGCUCUGCUCUCAUUCUACAUCGGAGGAUCCACACCGGGGAGAAACCUUACGAAUGUAAUGAGUGUGGGAAAACCUUUAGCUGGAGCUCCACCCUAACUCACCACCAGAGAAUCCACACUGGUGAGAAACCCUAUGCUUGUAAUGAGUGUGGAAAGGCCUUCAGUAGGAGCUCCACCCUUAUUCAUCAUCAGAGAAUCCACACUGGAGAGAAGCCCUAUGAAUGUAAUGAGUGUGGGAAGGCCUUCAGCCAGAGCUCACAUCUCUAUCAGCACCAGAGAAUCCACACUGGAGAGAAGCCCUAUGAAUGUAUGGAGUGUGGAGGAAAGUUUACCUAUAGUUCAGGCCUUAUUCAGCAUCAAAGAAUCCACACAGGGGAGAACCCCUAUGAAUGUAGUGAGUGUGGAAAAGCCUUCAGGUAUAGCUCAGCUCUUGUUCGCCAUCAGAGGAUUCACACUGGAGAGAAGCCUUUGAAUGUAAUGGGUAUGAGCAAAAGUUCUCUCAGAGUUACUGCUGAAUUAAAUAUCAGAGAGUCUACAUGAAAGAGCCACACACCCGUUUUCCUCACUUCCCGAGUCUAAAGAGCUCUUGCCUUAUUUUAUAAGUAGGAACAACUUAGGCUGUGUCCCUUCCACUUCAAACAUUUCCCUUUAGAGAAUGGGGCAGAUUGGGCGUAUCAUUGUGGCACAGUGAUCAGAAACCUAGUGGAUUUCCUAGAAUGACACCAGCCUUCAAAGCUUGAGAGGCAAGUCUCACAUUAAGUGCUGGGUGCAGGACCAUUCACCCUCUUUUGGAAGGGAGUUUGCACUAAACUGUUUUUCUCAUGCCAGAGGAGCCUUUCUUUCCAACAUGGGGAUAUAAGAUUCUUAGGAAUAAAAUUCCAAUGAUUCACUAGUUGGAAUCAAUGUAGUGAGCACAAAAGGCAGUGGAAAGAAUGUCCUGGGUCCUUCUGUUUGCUAGGAAGGGGAAUAGAGGCUACAUUUUUUAAGACACUGCCCUCAGUCCAGAUUUAAGAUUUGACAAGGAACAUGCUAUUGUGUGUUAUGAUGUCAAUCAAGGAAGCUUGGUGUUGAGGGAUUUGUUGUUUUAUUGAAGAGGGGAAAACUACCCCAAGAAGGAUUUCUGUGAUGACUGUAUCUUGUUGGGCUUUUGGAGCAACAUGCUCAUGUUUCCAGGAGCAGUCUGGCAGUGCUGUAGGCAGACCCUCCUGGGCUCCCUGUACUGACUGGGAAAUCUUACUGAGCAGUGAAUAACCUGAGAGUGCAGAUCAGAAGUGUUUAGCACGGGCCUCUGAUUUCCUGCCCUAUCUUCCUCUUCCCACUCAUGAAAUGACAAGUGACUCACUCCAACCUCUAGUUAUUAAGGAUGCUUUCAAGGAGCCCACUCAGCCCUCCUCUCCUGCCCUCUUACCUCUAACACCUGGCCCUGGCAGCCGGACCUCUCCUAACUCCAUUUCUAACUUCCACAGCCAAGGAUUAACGCAAAUAAAGAGCAGAGACCAGAGAAGGAAGGUUGUGGACUAAACCUGGUGGCAGGGCUCCUUGCAGGGUUAGAAUGGUGCUCCCUAAAUUUCCCCAGGCUGAGAGGUGACCUUCCAUUGUUUUCCCAACCCUGCUCAUCCUGUAGCGUAAGUGAAGUGCACUAUUAAACAGAAUAGUUUUUCAGAAGAGGAAAUUGAGUGUGUUUUUGUGCAGGGGCCCAAUUUAUUUCUGGUAGAACACUCACUAUAAAUGGAAUCUGAAAACCUUCAAAUUUUUUAAACAAUCAUUUCUUAGAUACAGGUACAAGGUUUCUUUUCCCCUCUGACCUUCAUCAUAAUUCCUCUAGAUACUGUACUGACACAAAUCAACAUAAAACCAUUGACAGAGUUACUCCCACAUUCAGAAUAUUAUGAGCUGCAGCUUAUUCUGUGUGGUACAAUACUUAAGACCAACAACCAAAAAUAGGAAGGUAUUAUUGGGUAUAGGGUUCCUGAAAAGAGUACUUGUUGGGUAGCAUUUAGAUUUCUUGGUAGGGUUAUUUAUAGAAGGGUAUUACAACCACAGAGAAGGCUGAUGGAGAAAACAUCUGGGACUGGCCUUUUUGAAAAAGUUUUAAAUCAUAAAUGGUAAUUGGCCAUCUAAUACAGGUUUCUAAUUUCACAGAACUAGAAUGAAACAUUUUAUUGGCUCUUAGCAUUUGCUACAUACAGUUUGACUUGGUUUCUCAAAAUGUGGAUGGUGAACUAUCCAUAUUAGAAUCGCUAAGCUACUUAUUAGGCAUGAUGCUGUCUUUUAAGCCCCAGGUUACUCUUAUCAUGAUUUCUGGGGCAGGAGUACAUUUUUUUACACAGAAAAGGAAGAAAUAGUAAUGGUAUGGUUCGAAAAUGGUAUAGGAGAAUACAAAGUUGAACUAGUUCUCGACAGCUUGGGUUGGGCAAUACCACAGUCACAAGAGAUGCUCUGGAAGGGACCUCUGAACAGGUGAGGCCUCUAGGUGAACCUGAAGCCCAUUCUCUGCUCAGUAGUGGAAGCACUCGCGUACUGAAGCCACCCCAAGAGGGUAAGAACUUCAUAUCAUCUGAUAGGAGCCUGUAAUAGAGACCAUUAUGUGAAUAUUUUACUUAAAAAUUUUAUUUCUUUUUAGGUUUUUUGAGACAGGAUCUCGCUCUGUAAGUC